ACACGCGUAUAUACACGCGCGCACACACACGCACACGAGAAACUUGCGGCUGGACGGCCGUCUGCGCACAGAAGAUGGUGGCGUCCGUUGUCUGUGCCAUUGCCCACGACGCCUGCAUAGCGCGCGCCACGGACCUCGCGCGCAGGUGUCGACGUUGAACUUAAGCGCGCUCGUAACGGUCAAGCAACGAAUGUGAGACAAUCUCGUUUCACCGUGGACGAUGCGGGGAAAGCCUGGAGAGUGGACCCUGCGGCAUCUGUCUGCGCUCUAAGUGGAAUUCUUUGGAGGUAUGAACGCAUUCUCACGUGUACACCGGGGCAAUUAAAUUCGAGGGGUUGGAUCACGGCAGCACUCCUUGACCUGUGGGACUGUCGGCGUUGGGUGCGUGGGGAGGAGGAGGAGGAGGAGGUGGGGACCUUUUAAUGAGCCCGACUCUCUUUCGUCGCCUGCAAUAGGGGAGGGGGUGCAGGGGUGUCUUAGCUGCCGUGGCCAAAGUUCACUUCGGAUAAAAGGAGAAACCAUACUUUAUGUAGUCGGAUCAAGGCGUCAUUCUCUUAUGCUCAACCGUCUGUGGGGACCGGAGAUAACAGCCAGGAACCGGCAUAAUCCGAAUAUGAGGACCAUUUUCUCGGGGUGCACUGUGAAGAUGAUUUGGUGACAUUUGGAUCAACCCCGAUCCGUCUUUGGGUGGUGCGCAGCCCUGGAGCACAGGAAUCACCGACAGCAAAAAAACAAUUAAAAAAAAGGCAUUUGUCUCCUGCGGAGCCCAGUGCACGCGAUACCUCGUGGGCUUUGGAGACGCAGCGGUGGCGGACACUUCCAACAUGAAAGUCAGGAAAGGACGGGGCUCCGUCCACGGUAGCGGUUGCAACUAGGGCCCCGCAGCACGAGCAUGUGCGUUUAGAUACAAUCACCGAGGCUCCUAUUAUCCCGAGUGGAUGUGCGUCCUAAAAGCCAAAGCUGGCUUUUCUAUAUCAAGACGGGAAACGGCUUGUUGGGUCAAAGCAAACACUGUGAGGGAUGCGUUUCGGAUGAAGGAAGGUGGAGUUGUAAACAAAACAUUGUGAAAUCAGGAAGUAAACGGUAGAUCGCUUGUUAAAGAGGAAAAAACGGAGUGAAAAAAACCGUGAACUGACAUGCACCAGAAGAGUGAGCUCUUCAAGACACAAUCGACCUCAUUUGAUUUCCCCACAAUCCGUAACGACAUCUCAAGAGCACUUAAACAUUUAUUCACGUCUUUAGUCAUUCUUGAAAGAAAAGAAAAAUCCCCUUUACGCAUUUUUUUUUAAAUUCUCAGAGUGACCUAUAUAUUUGUCCAAUGAGUGUGGUCAGCUGAGUGGCUUUGGAAAGGGACAAAGAAAGCAGCGAGUGAACCUUGCAGUCUCAAGUGCGUCAAAAUAGACCGGAGUGUAGAGGAAUCCAUGGUUUGACGUCGAGAGGGGAAAUAAUUAACUAUUCAGAAUCUUGAAAAGGUCUGCCAGCACACCGCCAACGGAGAGGAAUUUCUUAAAAGGUUUUUCUUUGUGCUCUCCUUCUUACUUUUAAGAAAAAAUUCAACCCUUGCCCUAGCCUCUCCAGACUUUGCCUUGCUGCUUUAUUGCAAUAACGGUCCUUUCUGCAUCACCUUACAUUUUUGCUUGAUAAAUUAAAAGGCAACAUGGCUUCCCCCCAACACCAACAACUGCUGCCUCGCAACACAGAAGUGAGCUGUGACUCGAGUGGAGAUGGAGGCGUCUCCGUGAGGAUUGGCAGUAGUGCCAAACACAAGCAUGGAGGCGGGCCGCUGGGUUCAAUUGGGGGAGGCUUCAUUGGGGGAUCCAAGCACUGCAAGUACAGCAUUUCCUCCAGCUGUAGCUCCGGAGAGUCCGGAGCCAGGAGGCCCGGGGCCAAGGGCAAUCGCACCCAGAAGAAGAUGCCUCAGCUUUUUGAGAGAUCUGCCGGUCAUUUCUGGGACCCGAAGUUUGACUCUUCGAUCCUGGAGGAGGCCUGUAGGGAACGGUGUUUCCCUCAGACCCAGCGGCGCUUCCGCUAUGUGCUCUUUUACCUGGUUACCGCUGCCCUCCUCUGGGGAUUGUACUUUGCUGCCAAUCCUUCCCGCUGUGACGGGCCUGCCUUUCUCCUUCCCACCGCGUCUUUCCUCCUCUUCUGCCUCCUCCUCUUUCUCUUUACUUUUACAAAGUUCUACUCUCGCUGCUAUAACCAAGCGUCUCUGCUUCUCAUCGUUGUAACCUUCACCCUAACGCUGGCCCCUCAGAUUCAGACAUCAAGCAUCAGGGAUCCGGAGACUCCCAAACCUUCACUCGAUGUGGAGGAGUUCAGUGGUAUGGGACCAACAAACAACCGGUCCUUCGACAAGCUCCUUGGAGAUAACACCUGGUCCCCUUGUCUCUCUCCUGUUGGCACCUUCUCCCUCUGUAUCGAGGUUCUUCUGUUGCUAUACAGCGUUCUCCAUGUUCGCCUCUAUGCAUCUGUUUUCCUUGGGUUUCUCUACUCUUUAUCUUUCGAGAUUAUGGGUUGGCUGCAUCUCGCCCAGGAAGACCAACGCCGGAACUUGGCCUCUCAAUCAGACUGGGACACGUUAUGUUGGCUCGGCCCAGCCAAAGCUCUGCUUCAUCUCUGUGCCCACGCCAUCGGCAUCCACCUCUUCAUCAUGUCUGAAGUGCGGUCACGCAGCACCUUCCUUAAGGUGGGACAAGCAAUCAUGCAUGGCAAAGAUCUGGAGGUGGAGAAAGCGCUAAAGGAGCGAAUGAUUCACUCUGUCAUGCCCCGACUAGUGGCCGAUGAACUGAUGAAGCAGGGUGACGAGGAGAUAGGCGAUAACUCUGUUAAACGAUACUCCACCAGCGGUGCAGCAGCUGUAAUCUCCAGCCCUAAAAACAAUAAGCGCAAAAAAACCUCCAUCCCUCGUGGCCAGAUCAUCUUCAGACCCUUUAACAUGAAACGGAUGGAGCCCGUCAGCAUCCUCUUUGCAGACAUUGUGGGUUUCACAAAAAUGUCCGCCAAUAAAUCCGCUCACGCCCUCGUCGGGCUUCUAAAUGACUUAUUUGGACGUUUUGAUCAACUUUGUGAGCUCACUGGCUGUGAAAAGAUUAGCACUCUAGGGGACUGUUACUACUGUGUGGCUGGUUGUCCUGAACCAAGACCUGACCACGCGUAUUGCUGCGUGGAGAUGGGCCUCGGCAUGAUCCAGGCUAUUGAACAGUUCUGCCAGGAGAAGAGGGAGAUGGUCAACAUGCGGGUGGGUGUUCACACUGGCACUGUCCUGUGUGGUAUCCUUGGCAUGAAGCGCUUCAAGUUUGACGUUUGGUCCAACGACGUCAACCUGGCCAAUCUAAUGGAGCAGCUGGGAGUGGCUGGGAAGGUCCACCUAUCACAAGCCACUGCCAACUUCCUGGACGAUCGCUAUCAGCAUGAAGAUGGACAAGUCAUUGAGAGAAUCGGACAUAGUGUGGUGGCUGACCAGCUCAAAGGCAUGAAGACCUACCUGAUCUCCGGCAGGAAGGUGGAGCCUCACUCUCUCUGCAGCUGCUCUCAGCUGGCUUCGGAAGGAGCGGAGCAUGCAGAUCGUCCGAGCCCCACUUCCAUGGUGCACACACCUGAUGGAGACCCUUCAGCCUGCACCCUGAUUCCUGAAAGUGCUAAGCCCCAUAUGCUGCACACCCCAACCACUACCGCCCCCCAGUCUCCGUGUCUCUCCUGCAGUGUGGUCCUGAUACAAGGGGAGGAUCAGGUUGUGGAGGAAGCAGCUGGGCAAAAUGGCUUCCUUGACGACCAGAAAACCAGCAGCAACAAGGACACUUUAAAUCUGAAGUGUUCCCCAGCGGUUUCCGCAGGGCGCAGUCCCAAGGUCCUAAACGGCCUGCUCAGUCCUCAACUGGAAGCCUUGAACAACAGCCAGACCUCCCUGUGCGAGAUGCUGCAGGAGAAGGAGAAGAAGACUUGGAGUGGAGGAGCCGUGGGCAUGGAUCAUUCAGCGCUCAUUCCUCUACGCUCAAAGAACUUCAGGGAGAGGAGCGAUGCUCACUUUGUGGACGUUAUCAAAGAGGACAGCCUCAUGAAGGACUAUUUCUACAGACCUCCCAUAAACAAACUGAGCCUCACCUUCCUGGAGAGGAGCCUGGAGUCUGCUUACCGGAUCAGCUACCAGGAGGAGGUGGAAAUCCAGGCAGCGGUGGAGACUUUCGCCAGUCCAACAUUCAGUUCUUUCCUCGACAUGCUGCUGUGCUGUUCAGUGUUCCUGGCGCUCUCGCUGGCCUCGUUCCUUCGACCGCUGGUUUCCCAGCAGAGUCUGUCCACACCAGCUCUCAUCCUGACCGCGGCAGCCGGCCUGUUGGAGGCCCUGGCUUUGCUGUUCGCUAUACGUAUGGCUUUCUACCUGGACAGUGUGCUCAACUGCACCCGGGUGCUGAUGAGAGCCGUUUCAGGCUGGAUAGCGCGUCACUUCAUAGGAGCCGUCCUGGUGUCCCUGCCCACGCUGUCUGUCUUCGCUCAUGUGGCCUGUGACAUGCAUCGCUCCCUCCAGUUCACCAUGUUCAUCUGCUGUGCUGUCAUCGUAGCUAUCAUUCAGUACUGUAACUUCUGCCAACUCAGCUACUGGAUGCGCUCAGUUUUAGCGACUAUGGUGGGACUAGCGCUGCUUGUCCUACUCUUCAACUCCCCCUGCAGUGGAGCUAAAAGUCUGUUCUUCUGGUCAGAUGCCCAGAGCGCUUACAGCAACAGCAGCAGCAGCAACAGCUCCAUCGGCAUGUCUGACCACCCAUCAGACCCAGCACCACGGGACCUGCUGGGCCCCGAGGCCUGCGUUGCCUUUUUCCUGGUCCUCCUCCUCAUCUGGUUCCUUAACCGUGAAUUCGAGGUCAGUCACCGCCUGCAUUACCAUGGCAACGUAGAAGCUGAUCAGCAUCGCAUCAAGAUCCAGAACAUGAGGGACCAGGCCGACUGGCUGCUCCGCAACAUCAUCCCAAUCCACGUGGCCGAGCAGCUGAAGGUCACCCAGAGCUACUCAAAGAACCACGACAAUGUGGGCGUGAUAUUUGCCAGCAUUGUCAACUUCAGUGAGUUUUAUGAGGAAAGUUACGAGGGAGGCAAGGAGUGUUACCGUGUCCUCAACGAGCUCAUCGGAGACUUUGAUGAGCUGUUACGGAAGCCCGCCUUCUCAAAUAUGGAAAAGAUCAAGACCAUCGGCGCCACGUACAUGGCGGCAGCGGGACUCAACGCGCAGCAGUGUGCUGACGCGGCGCAUCCUCACGCCCACCUGCGCGCCCUCUUCGAGUUCACCCUCGAGAUGAUGCGCGUGGUGGACGACUUCAACAAGAACAUGCUGGGCUUUGGCUUCAAGCUUCGCAUCGGAUUCAAUCACGGGCCUCUCACAGCUGGGGUGAUCGGCACCACCAAGCUUCUCUACGACAUCUGGGGCGACACGGUCAACAUCGCAAGCCGCAUGGACACCACCGGCGUGGAGUGUCGCGUCCAGGUCAGCGAGGAGAGCUACUGCGUGCUCAGCGCCAUGGAUUACGAGUUUGAUUACCGCGGCACGGUCAACGUCAAAGGCAAGGGUCAGAUGAAGACCUUCCUCUACCCGAAGAGCAGCGACAGUGGCCCCGUGCCUCAGUACCAGCUCUCCGUCUCACCGGAGAUCCGCGCCCAGGUGGACGGUAGCAUCGGGCGCUCGCCCACCGACGAAAUCGCCAGCAUGGUGCCGACGACCGGGAUAACCGCGAGCAGUGGCCCUGUGAUCUUGCCCGGUCCUGACCACGAGAAGCUGGUGGACAGCCGUGAAAGGCGUCCCUCUACGGACAGCUCUCGCGCCAGGCGUUCCACGUCUCACCCAGAAGGACCUCCCCCGUCUGCCGAUGACAAAGACGCCGUCUCGCCCUCGGCGCAGCGCAACGCAGCCCAAGAUCCCACAACAAUGUCGCCGAAAGACAUCCAGAGGAGCAAAUGCGACGGUGAUUGCGACAGCAAUAUUGGAGAGCUGACCAGACUUUAGGAAUUUGCUACAAUGGAGCUUUUAUCACACACCCUCUACCCUUUAAGCUUUCGUUCCUUCCGGUGGGCAUGUGCAGAAAGGCCCCUUCUCUGCAUCCGCCGGGCGGCAGCUUCUUUUUACUGUGUCAUCAGGGGAAAGAGCUGGAACACUGAGGGAUGGUCAGGUGGGAACAGUCGGAGGAAAUGGGAAGAAGCGAUGGGUCAUUCUGAACCUUCUCUUUCCUGCUUAAGAUCACAAUGUGUCCCGAUAACUUACUUGAUUAUCAGUAUACCUUUAAUUCUUGCAUAUGUCGUUUAAGUGCCUUUAGAGUAGAAUAACGUUAUAGACUGCACCUUUUACAGUAAGGGAAGCACAACAACAAAAAAAAUCACACGUCAAACGCUAUGCUUCUUUGAGUUUAUUUAGUAAACUAUACUCAUGCUAUGAUGGUUUGCCUUUCAUCAAAGAGGAGCUCACCUUGAACAUGAAAAGUGCUACAGCGUGAUGAGAAUCACCAUAUGUGUUAAGUGAAGGGAGAUAUGAUGUCACUCCAAGAUACGUAUCGGGCAAAUCUGCAGUGGUGCCUGUUUCCAUAUUCUUCAUGAGUACCAGAAGAACCUUCAUCAAAUGCACAGCAAAGACCAAUCGGCAACCAAAGGGCAGAUGGGGCCCGAGCUGCGAGUUGUAUGAGUUUAUUUGCAUGCAAACCGUGUGUGUGUGUGUGGGUGUGUGUGUGUGUGUGUGCUUUUUAUGCGUCUUGUUUGGUAAGAAAAUCACACCGUGUUUAAUGAAGAGAGGCCCCUGUGAGUCACUUGACUUAUUUGGUGAAACAUGAUGACAAACAGUUUAGGAACGCAGUCCCCAAAAUAAAUAUUGUGGCAAUUUCUUUUUCUCUGGCCUCGGAUAAGAUCUCUGUAGGGCCUCGGUGGCGAGGCAUGACGGUCUCAGCUCCAUUUAAUCAGCAUGCUUGCAAAAACAGCAUCGUAGACGAGGUUAACUGUGACUGGUGUUCGUGCCCACGUGAUUCUGGUUCUUAUGUGAACCCGGGCUUUGGGUUGGUGUUGGUGAGUAUUUCCGUGGACGCUGCAAGACAGUGCUGCACCUGUGGAGUGUUAGAGAAACAAAAGCUGUGGAUUACACUGUGUUUUAGUUGAUAGGGCUUUUUAGGAAAUGGAUAACCUAAGUGGAAUGUCACAAAUCCAAACUAAUUGUGUUUUAUUGUAUUUAUUGUUUAUGUGAACCUUCCCCCUCUAAUGUCGAGGAUUUUAAAUACAUUACUAGAUGGAAACAGCUGGAUGCAUUCGCUGCUUUGCUAUUUUAAUUGCAUGAAACUUAAAGUAUUAGCACUGCAAAUACAAAAGUGUGCAAUUUUAUAAUAGAGGUGCGUCUUUCUUUGAGACUUAAUUGAUUUCAUGCUCUUAUGUCAUAGUAUUAAGGAAAUCAAAUGUAUUAAACUGUACAUCCCUCUCUCACUGUCUCUUAGCUUAAAGAAUUGUGUGCUCGGGGGUAAAAAAGUUUUAAAAUGAAAUCCAGCCAGUGUCCUAUUUUUGAUGUUUCAGUACCCGCAACUACUCUUUAACCUCCUGCUGUUAAAUUAACUUUUAUUAAUUCACACUUUUAAUUAUGAAUCGUACAAAACAAUCAAAUAAUGUAUUCCAACUACAACAUUUGAGGUUACCUUAAUGGUUCAAUAUUUUUCUAUGUUGGAAGAUGAGGAUGCCUGUGCCUUUUUAAUUUCGCAAACUCAUCUUUUUUUUUUCUCUGUUCGCUAUGAGUUGCUUACAUUUUUUAAAACAAUGAAAAUUUCCAAAGGCUUACUAUAAGCAGAGAAUUUUUUACUGACGCUUUAUUUGAAUGGUUUAGAUUUUCUAAGGCCAUGACAUUUAAGCAGUGCCUUUUCUUUAUACAAACAAUUAAAUAUAAACAUACUAAUCAUAUCCACUAUUAAACUGCCCAUUUUAUGAAUUCCUUGAUGCUUGGCCACCAUUGUGUUCUGUAUCUAUUGCUCGGAUGGCGUUGGGUUGAUUUAGAUGCAAUAGUAAUAAGUUUGCAAUGAAAAAUGACCUUCUCUACGCUAAUGAGCACACAAGCCUUGUACUAGCCCAACAUUUUAUUUGUUAUACAAAAAAAGAGGACGCUUAUGAUGAUAUUGUCAUUAUCCAUGGUCAAGUUGUUGGAGGUUAUGGUACUUGGGUGACAGAUAAAAGUCAUUAGCUAAAUUUACUUAUUUUUCUCCUCUGUCAAUUUUAAAAGGCCUGUUUUUUAUGGACUGCCCAUUUUCUUCUGGAUUCAUUUUAUGUUUUGGACAAACGAUUAGAUGGGUCAACUCAAUGCUUUGAUUGCCUCUUGUUCUUUCCCCAUGUUUUGCUACAAAUGUAAGCUUAAAUGUUGAUUUGAUUUAUUAAGAUGUAAGUGACAUUUUUUCUGAGAAAGAAUGUGGAUAGCAAAGAGUGUUCUUAACAUAUCUUGGAGUUUCUUUGCUUAUUUCAUUUUCUUUUUAACUUGCAUUUUGUGUUGUGAACGUUCAAGAAGGCCAUUUAUAUGUUCAAUGUUAAAAGACAUUUUCACAAGACGCUCACUUUUUUUGUACAGUAUGCUUUUAUAUUGUAUAGCAUCUGCGCAUUUUAUAUUAUUUAUAUAAGCGCAUGUACUAGAGUAUUAACUUGUUUUAAAAAAUGGGUUAUUUGAACAAUGUUGGAAUAAAACUUCUGUGUUCUUUCCUGCACGUGUGUAAAGAAAAAGUGUUUGUAAAACUGUGAUUGUAUGUGUUUUUGAAGGGAUGCUAUAAUAUUACCAUUUAAAAAAGUAAGUCAGUAUUGCUUCAAUCAAUGCAGAUGUUUAUUUUUUCUUCAUUUCAAACUGGCCAAAUAAAAGGGGCGAGAUACUAGUAUUCUGCAGGUAGGCAGUGUUUCAAUAGCCUGCUACAGCUAUGUUUUAAUAAGUUGUUGCAUUCUUUGGCAAUGUUUUUUGUACAUAUUACUCUAGUAGGUGUGUAAACGAAAGUUCAAACCGAAUAAAGUCAGUUUCUGUGAAA